UCAAUAUUAAAUUCAACUUCAACUACAAAAAACGCAAGGACCGAUAGAACAUAACGAACAGAAAAAAAUAAAUUUGAAAUUGGAAAAAAAGUUCAAAAUGCUAAAAGAAAUAAAACCUAACGAAUUUCAGAAUAUAAAAUCUAAAUAUUGCACUGCAGCAGUACAAAAGCCUAAGUGCUUAAACAAACAAACCAAAAAACAGCCUAUCACAAAUCAUUUUUUGAGCCCGACCCAGCUGAGGAAAAGGUGGGAAAUCUUUUUUUUUCCGGCUGGGUCUUGGAAAACUUUGUGGUGAAUUAAAGGGGCCGAGUUGCAAUUUUUGUUUUACUUUAAUCAGUUUUUAAUCCGUCUUUUUAAAAACAAAUAUUCCAAUAUUGGCUGCCAAUCAGUGCCCAAUAUUCUGAGCUCAAAAAACGCUAUUCGGGCCAGCCCUACUAAUCUAAUAUAAUUUAACAUGGUUUAAGAAUAUAAAAUAAUUUCUAAACAAACGAAAUAUUUAAUAUUGAGCUUAUAGCCCAAGUUUUUUUUUCAGUCAUGGAAAAUUGGAAAAAAUUGGAAAAAAGCCCGAGUUCAUGCAGCGCCUGAGUCAGGCUGACGUUCAAGCUCGGGUUCUGGCUCGCGUUCAUGAUUAAUUUGUUUUUUUUAAAAACUAAUAUUGGAAUAUUCGCUACCAAUUACUGCCAAAUAUCCGGAGCUCAAAAAAUGCUAUUCGGGCCAGCCCUAAUAAUUAUGGAGAUACAGAAAAAAAUAUUGUGAUAAAACUUCCAUCACUCCCUUAUUCUCUCACUAAUAAAAACAAACCUUUAAGUGUGACACAAAGUGAUUUGAUUUAUAUCGUGAUACAUAUCGAUAUCGACUGAUAUGGAAAACUAUAUCGUGAUAAGAUUUUUUCCCAUAUCGCCCAGCUCUAAUCCAGUGUCUCUCCUGGUUCUGGGAUCUGUGCUCUUCCUGGCCUUAGUGCUUCUGGUUGUGCUGUUUUAUCAGAACAGAGUGCUCAGGAGAGUGAUUUCUAAGGCGAGGAGGAAGACUCUGCUUGAGGCAGUCUAUGAAGAGAUUAACCAUAAAUGUGUCACUAACAGAUAUACUAAAAGAGGAAGUUUUAUCUCUGAAGAUCAGCAUUCAGGAUAUGAGGACGUAGAUGAGGAGCUUCUCUCAGAAAACUAUGGCGAGGUCUAUGAUGAUAUCAUACCUGCUGAAGAGAGCCCACACAUUACAACAGGUGCAGCUUUAAUGCUGAAUUUUGUGUGUUUACUCUCUCUGAAGUUUGUCUCCAGAAGGUAGCUGACUUUGUACCUUCCUUUGCCCAUAGACACACACACACACACACAGACACAAGGAGGUGGAGCUGUGUUAAUUAGUGCUGACGCUUUUUAAAAAUAUGGCGAAAUGAAAAAAAGCUUCUUCUGAUUUGUCACUGAAAAUGUUUGAUAAUUUCCUCUCCUCUUUCUAAUAAGGUCAUAGUGAGUGUGAUUGGCGGCUGUGGGGAAUCUCUCUCUCUCUCUCUCUCUC